UAUCUUCGAAUGUAGAUUUCGAGCAUGUGUAGGAUCUCGAUUUUAUUUAUAAAUUAUAUUAUAUAUAUUUCUAUAUGGGCAAAGUAAUAUAGUACAAUCAGGCAUGGAUGACGGAAAUGGAAAGCGGAAGAAAGAAGAUGACAACGAGGAUGUGGAAACAGUUGCCAUGGAAACCAGUAAGGCCCUGGAUGGUGGUUGGGGCUGGUGUAUUAUCCUAGGCAUUCUUAUUCUGCGGACAGUUAUUGGUGGCUUCGUGCGGUCGCAUGGCUUGUUCUACCUGAGGUUUAAAGAACGUUUUGGUGGCACGGCAACGGCGACGUCACUUGUGAUGUCAUUAUCGAGUUUCAUGCAAUUGUCCACUGGUCCCAUCGUGAGCAUAUUGAGCGGUCGGUUCCAGUGCCGGAUCAUCACCGCUAUAGGUGUUGUUGUCCUGGCAACGGGCGUCAUCAUGACCGCCUUCUCUCCAAACAUCUCGUUCCUUUACUUCAGCUAUGGGAUCGUGUCUGGUUUCGGCAGAUCUCUUGUUCUGACGCCCUGCCCAAUCUUACUAGGGUACUACUUCGACAAGCGUCGUAGCCUGGCCUUUGGGAUCGCAUCGGCGGGAUUUAGUAUCGGCGGGUUCGCUCUAACCCCACUUGUAGAGCUGCUGUUUCAAGAAUAUGGUAUCCAGGGGACGUUUCUCAUUCUGACGGCCAUGUCCAUGCAUAUAUUCAUAUCCUGCACGUUAUUCAGACCAAUUGAGUCCAACAGGAGGAGCGUUACAAACUCGAAAAACAAGAACAGGGCAGAUACAGAGGCUGAAUAUGGUAAACUUCUAGGGACAUCUACAGUAGUUUGUAAACGGCCCGAUCACGCGUACCACGAGACAUCGAAUAAUAGCGAUGUCCUCAAUAGUGGUGUCCUUAAUAGCGAUGUCCUCAAUAGUGAUGUUCUCAAUAGCGAUGUCCUCAAUAGCGAUGUCCUCAAUAGUGAUGUCCUCAAUAGUGAUGUGCUCAAUAGCGAUGUCCACAACAGGGAUGUCCUCAAUAGUGAUGUGCUCAAUAGCGAUGUCCACAACAGGGAUGUCCUCAAUAGCGAUGUCCUCAAUAGCGAUGUCCUCAAUAGCGAUGUCCUCAAUAAUGAUGUCCUCAAUAGCGAUGUCCACAACAGGGAUGUCCUCAAUAGUGAUGUGCUCAAUAGCGAUGUCCUCAAUAGCGAUGUCCUCAAUAGUGAUAUCCUCAAUAGCGAUGUCCUCAACAGUGAUGUCCUCAAUAGUGAUGUCCUCAAUAGUGAUGUCCUCAAUAGCGAUGUCCUCAAUAGCGAUGUCCUCAAUAGCGAUGUCCUCAAUAGUGAUGUCCUCAAUAGUGAUGUCCUCAAUAGUGAUGUCCUCAAUAGCGAUGUCCUCAAUAGUGAUAUCCUCAAUAGCGAUGUCCUCAACAGUGAUGUUCUCAAUAGCGAUGUCCUCAAUAGUGAUGUCCUCAAUAGCGAUGUCCUCAAUAGCGAUGUCCUCAAUAGUGAUGUCCUCAAUAGUGAUGUCCUCAAUAGCGAUGUCCUCAAUGGUGAUGUCCUCAAUAGCGAUGUCCUCAAUAGCGAUGUCCUCAAUAGUGAUGUCCUCAAUAGUAAUAGCGAUGUAUUUAAUAACGAUGAACGUAGAGUUGGUGUUGGUAGUGAAAAAGAAAAUCCGAGAAAUGGGAAUGUUAUCGUUAUUGAAAUGUCUGGAAUUCAAGUGAACAAUGUACACAAAGAAACACCAAACAAAUAUCAAGACGUUAUCAAUUAUGAAUCUGAUAACAUUGCAGCAUGUUACAGAGAUAGUGAAAGCAUAUGUGAAAAUGAAUUGACUUUAUUACACGAAAGUCAAACAGCACUUAAGUCGAUCCAAAACGAUCAAAUACAGGAAAAAGAAAAGCCGAAAAAGCGGAAGUGGAUCUCCUGGUCUAUUUUGAAGAAUCCCCGGUUUGUGUGUUAUGUGUUAUCUAUGUUCUGUUUCACACUGCCCGCGGGAGGACUUUUCCUGCCAGCACUCGCAAAGUCCAAAGGAUGCACUGAUAUCCAAGCAGCGACACUGAUGUCGAUCAACGCCGCCUCAGACACCGUGUUCCGAGUGAUUUCCGGAUUUGUUCUCGAUCUGAAGAUGUUUCGAAACAACCGACCAAUCAUCUACAACAUUAUCACGUUCUUCCAAGCAGCCGCCCUACUGUGCUUCCCAUUCAUGCAGAACUUCUCGGGUUUUACGUUUCUCUGUGUUAUAGACGGACUGUUCAAUGGGGCGAAAAUGGCACAGGGCAGUGUGGUAAUGAUUGACAUUCUGGGCGUGGACAAGAUGGCCAGUUCUCUGGCUGUGUCCAUGGCGGUACAGUGCAUCGCUGUUAUUAUUGGACCCACAGUUUCAGGUAGAUUGGUGGAUAUUUACGACGGGUACAGUGGGACUUUCUUCUUCGGUGGAGGAGCACUCUUCGUCGGUGGGCUGAUUCUGGUCGUCGGCAACGUCAUCAAUACACUCGCCAUCAAACGAGAACAAAGGAUAAAAAAACACUGAUCUAAAGAAACUUUGAAGUGUUGUGUUUGUAACUAAUAAUAAAACUUUUAAAAAAUGGA